AUGUCCUUCCAGUCUAUAUUACAAAGAGAAGGCUGGAGGCCACAAAAUCACCUGUUUACAAAAUUACUGUGCCAAAAUUGCCUUUCGAGGAGUAUGCCACCUUUCUAUCGUCGCUGGGCGAGCACCAUACCACAACAAAAGACAGCCGAAAGGAAUUUAUUAGACCACUUUCGUGAAGAAUUAUACCACCCCGAGAAAUAUGUUUCUGAGCCCAAUGUGCAGUCUUAUUCUCCCCUUGUCAAGACAACCAUCACAAGACGAUUGACUCGUAAACGACUGUUGAAGAGCUACUGGCGACUCAAGACAAAAGACCCACAACGAUUAGCCGAGUUGACACGACAAGACAUUGACCAAUUCAUUUCGAGAUUCGUGGUUAAUUCAGACGAUCUAGUUGCAAAGCGACCCAUGGCUCAAAUUUUCUACAUUUUGCAAGAAUUAAAAAACGGUCGAUUUGAACAGGUCUCAUUCGGCCUCAAUGAAGCAGAAUACAUGAUUUGUUUAGCAGCUGAAUUGAAGUGGACAGAUAAAUGCCUCGCCUUAUUACACGAAAUUGCCCUGAAACAAAAAUUAUCUCUCAGUAUACGAACCUACGACGCUGUCUUCCAGCUAUUGUCAGAAAAUAAAAAUCUACAGGAAAUGGAGUUUUGGCUGAAUCAUAUGAAAGAACAAUCGAUAGGACUGACUGAAAGGACGAUCCGAUCCAUGUUUCUAUGUCAUCUUGGCCAGGGCCAAGUUGGAGAUGGUAUAGCGUACGUGAAACGAAACGCGAAAGGAUCGAAGCUACUAUCCUUGAUAGACGAAUAUGGAGAUGACAAGACGGAAUUAUUGUCUCGUUUAUUAAAUUACUUUGCAAUGCAAGCCCUGAGUGAAAAACAGCUAUAUGUGGCAAGGAACAUUUAUAUACAAAAAAUUGAACUUGGACUGUCAUCAAACUCAUUACUUAGACGAAUAAUGCGGGCCUGCACACAAGCAAAUGAAUUGCAUACAGCCGAAGUUGUUCUUCGAGACACCAUAUCUAUUCAAGAUACCAAAGGGGCGCAGCUGUGCGCCGAUUUACUUAUAGACACCUUAUUGCAUCAGCGAAACAUAGUUCAUUCAGUAUCAGUGUGGGAGAAGAUGACACAAAGCGGAAUCGAAUUAAGCCAACAGACAGUAGACAAACUCCUGGUGCAUUGUGCAAAGUAUAAAUAUCAUGCCGACGUACUUCGACUCUACAAAAGAUAUCAAAAAGUAUACCCCAAUAUGUCAUAUGAGGCCCGUGUACGUGCGGUACGGUGCAUGGUCUUGGUUAGAGAGUAUCCAAUGGCAAAAAAGUUAGCGGAGGGUCUCGCGGCGCAUAUACGCAAUAUGGAUCAUCGACUUGGUAAAUUGGCUGCGCGUACCUUUUUUGGUUUGUCUGCCAAGACGGGAGAUAUUGAGCUGUUUGAACAGACGUUUAGUCAGAUAGAGGACCUGGGGCCCACUAUUCGACACAAAGGCUUGACUUCGCUCAUGGCAUGCUAUAUUCAACGUGGUGACUUAUUGGCGGCAAAAUCGGCGUUCAAGAGUAUGGCAGAUUAUACAAAAGGACCUGAUGUAGUUGACUUUAAUUUACUGAUGAGAACUGUCUUGUUGGAAGACAAGACAAUAAAUCAUGAAAAGAUAUUAGAGAUAUUGAAGCAUAUGGCACUUGUAAAUAUCACACCGGAUCAAACGACAAUACGACACAUGAUUCAAUAUUACGAACAAGGAAGCUCCAUGCUUAAUGAAUUGUACAAAAAGUUGCUAGAAAUGCCAUUGAGAAAGUCAGAUCAAGUCAUCCUGAACAAUAUGGCAAUUGACAAGCUGCUGACAAAGUGUAGUGUUGAGUAUGUUGCAAAUCUGUUCUUUAAGAAUGACAGAGGACUGAUCUUACCGGGAGAGAAUGGCAAAGCAAUCGAGAGAGAUACGAUAACAUACAAGAUGCUGCUAUCCGCGUGCUUGGUUGACAACAGACCAAACCUGACGAUAGCAGAAAGAUUGAUCAAGGAUAUGCUAUCGCGAGGCAUCAAACCAAGCAUGAAGCAUUAUGCUAUGUUUAUAGAAUUAUUAGGCAAAAAGGGCAACUUUAGGAAAGCAAGAAAAUAUAUCAAGAACAUGGAAGAGAAUACGGGAGAAAAACCGAAGCCGACGCUAUAUUUGAAUGUACAUCAUCCUGACUCGAUGUCCAAGUCUUCAAAGAACAAAUAA